AUGUCGUCCGCAAUCGAAAGCAGACCUCCCAGACCAUCAGAUGUAUCUCGAAAGGGCAAAUGGUGGUGGCAGGAUGCUGGCUUGAGAAGGUUGUAUCUUCUCAUUCUCGUAGCCAUCCUCAGUUCAGCAACCAAUGGCUACGAUGGUUCGAUGAUGAACGGACUCCAGACCCUGAUCUACUGGCAGAACUAUUUCAACCACCCCGAAGGAGCUACAUUGGGUCUCUUGAAUGCCAUCCAGUCGGUCGGAAGUAUUUGCAGUCUGCCAUACGCACCAUAUCUGGCCGAUUCCAUUGGAAGAAAAAAGACCAUCUUUUUCGGCUCGUGUUUCGUCGCUCUUGGAGUCGCUCUGCAAACCGCGGCCCAGAACAUUGGCAUGUUCAUUGCGGGAAGGUUCUUCAUUGGGCACGGAAGCUCUGUGACUAUUGUCGCUUCACCCCUGCUCAUCACGGAACUCUGUCAUCCAGCGCAAAGGGGCAAGGUCACAGCCGUGUUCAACACUUUCUGGUACUUUGGAAGUCUGAUUGCGGCAUGGACAACGUUUGGGACUCUUCGAAUGACGAACGACUGGAGCUGGCGGCUUCCCAGUCUGCUUCAGGCUGUCCCAAGUCUGCUGCAACUUUGUCUCAUCUGGUGGUUACCCGAAAGUCCUCGAUAUCUAGUCUCCAAAGAGCGCUAUGAUGAUGCCCUGGAUAAGGCCAGUUGUGUUGUCGCGGUCGAAUACCAUACGAAUGGUGACCGGAGCAAUGAAUGGCUCCGAUUCGAGUUCGCCGAGAUUCGAACAUCCCUCGAAAUCGAGAAAGAGGGCGAGAACCAUGGCUGGAAAGCUCUGUUUGCAACACCGGGAAAUCGCAGACGACUUUUGAUCUGUAUCGCUUGUGGAAUGUUUUCUCAGCUGAGUGGAAAUGGCCUCAUCGGUUACUAUCUCAACAAAAUUCUCGAUCUCCUCGGCUACACGGACCCCCUCUUCCAGAACAAGAUCAACGGUAUCUACGCAGCCACCAACUGGGUCGAAGCGAUGAGUGCAGCGUUUCUGGUCGAUUACUUGGGUCGACGGCCAAUGUUCCUGGCAUCCAAUUCAAGUAUGGUCGUGACAUUCGGACUUUGGAUUGCAUUCACUGCAGUGACCAUCCAAAGCAACUCUCCUCAAUUUGGCACUGGAGCACUCGUGAUGAUGUUUUUGCAUACCCUUGCGUAUAACCUAGUCUGGACAUCUCUGAAUGUUGCGUAUCCGGUCGAGAUUCUUCCUUAUCAUCUGCGCGCCAAAGGGCUCACCGCAUUCAGCUUCAGCGUUUCUCUGUCGCUUUUCUUUGGCCAAUACGUAAACCCUGUUGGUAUCGAAAGACUAGGCUGGCAUUGGUAUAUUGUCUACGAGGUAUGGUUAGUCAUCGAGCUCCUCGUCGUCAUCUUUCUCUUUGUUGAAACCCGAGGGUCGACACUCGAGGAGAUCGCAACAUUGUUUGAUGGCACAGACCAAGUGGAACAGUUGAGAGUCCAGGCUCUCGAAAAGAAAGUCCAGGCCACGGAAGCAGAAGUGAUCCAGGUAGAAAAUGUCCAGGUAAUGGAGUAA